CGGCCCCGGGGCGCUGGCGCUAACCUGGUUAGCCACGAUGGAUGGCCACCAUGGCCAUGGCUCACACUCCCCCCACCGCCGCCAACCACCACGAAGCCCGGCCGGGGAUAUAAAGCGUGUGCGGGGGCGGGCGAACGCGGCCGCCGCAGCCCCUCGCCAUGAGCAGCCUGGCCGCCCUCCGGGAGGGCUACGAGCGCUUCGACCCCCGCGCCUACCUGCGGAACAACUACCUGCCCCCCCGGGCCGACUUCUCCUCCGAGGAGUUCGUGGUGCCCUGGAAGCUGCGAUGCCUGGCCGAGACCUUCGCCAGCGGUGAGAUCCGCGGGCGCACGCUGAUCGACGUGGGCUCGGGCCCCACCAUCUACCAGCUGCUGAGCGCCUGCGACCACUUCGAGGAGAUCGUGGCCACCGACUACCUGGCGGUGAACCGGGAGGAGCUGGGGCGCUGGGCGCGGGGGGAGCCCGGCACCUUCGACUGGAGCCCCUUCAUCCGCCACGUCUGCAAGAUCGAGGGACGCGGGGAGCCCUGGCAGGAGAAGGAGCGUCGGCUGCGGGGGCGGCUGCGGCGCAUCCUGCCCAUCGACGUGCACCGUCCGCACCCGCUGGGCGCCCCGCUGCGCCCGCCGGCCGACGCGCUGCUCUCCGCCUUCUGCCUGGAGGCCGUCAGCCCCGACCGCGACGCCUUCGCCCGGGCGCUGGCCCACGUGGGCUCGCUGCUGCGGCCGGGGGGCCACGCGCUGCUGCUGGGGGCCCUGGGGGAGUCCUUCUACCUGGCGGGGGCCGCCCGCCUGCCCGUGGUGCCGCUGGCGGAGGACGACGUCCGCUCGGCCUUGGCCGGCGCCGGCUUCGCCCUCCGCGACUUCCGCUCCUACGCCAUGCCGCCCGCCCUGCGCACCGGCGUGGACGACGUCGACGGCGUCUUCUUCGCCCACGCGCAGAAGCCGCUGGAGGCCUGAAGGACGCCCCACCAACCCCCACGCACCACCCCAGGGCGGGGAACCUGCCCCCCGUCACCCCAAAAAACAGAUUUGGUGGCCCCGAUCCCCCCCCUGGCUCCA